AUGGACAUUCUCUCAAAACAGUUGGAUGAAGCUGCCAUUGCAAACAGGUUUCAAACACAUCCUAAAUGUUCUAACCCCCUCAUCACUCAUCUUAGCUUUGCAGACGACAUCCUCAUAUUUUUUGAUGGAAAUGAAGCUUCUUUGGUUGAAAUACUGGAUGUUCUUGCUCAGUUCAAGCGGGUAUCAGGCCUUGGUAUAAACUUACAAAAAACAUGUCUCUACCUGGAUGGCGACAACCGAGACACUAUCAGUCAGUUAGCUUCUGCACACAACCUCACUUACGGCUCAUUACCUUUCCGAUACCUGGGAGUUCCUUUGCUCACACACAAGUUAACAGCCUCUGAUUAUCAACCGCUAAUAGACAAGGUUAAAGGUCGCAUAUCCUCCUGGACAAAUAGACACUUGUCCUUUGCUGGUAGGCUACAACUACUCCACUCAGUCAUCAACAACACAAUUAAUUUCUGGGCUUCAAUUUUUCUGCUACCUACCAAAUGCUUGGAGAUGUUGGAGCAAAUCUGUAAUGCAUUUUUGUGGAAUGGCAUUGCUACUACAGCUAGGGGUGCAAAGGUAUCCUGGGAGAUAGUUUGUUCUCCGGAAUCUUCAGGAGGUUUGGGGCUUAAGAGGUUGGUGGAUUGGAACAAAAUAUUUGGUCUCAAGUUGAUUUGGCUACUUUUUUCACAAGCAGGCUCUCUCUGGGUUUCUUGGGUCAAUAAGCACUUAAUUAAGGACAAAAGUUUCUGGGAAGCUGAUUUCUCUGCCUCAGGGAGUUGGAUAUGGAGGCGUCUAACAAAAAUUAGAGCCCUCGGUAGACCAUUCGUUCAUUGCACUGUUAAUUCAGGAGAUUUGGGUCCACGAGUUACUGGUAUCGGUCAGCUAGCCAAGGUUAGUGAUGCAGUUAACAAUGUUCCUACUCCUGACAUGGGUUCUGAUACGUUCCACUGGAAGCUACCGUCGGAUCAAACACUAGGGAGCUUCUCAUCAAUGAGAACAUGGAGAUACUUGCACCCAGCUGGUCCCAAUGUUCCUUGGUCCUCUCAAGUAUGGAAUCAAGAGAUCACCUAUUCUUCGAUUGUCCCUUCUCCAGAAAUCUACUCACCAGCUUAUUCGAUCAAUUUGCUCCUCAACCAGAUCCGACCUUUGCCAGCUUUAUGA